UAGACCAAGUCUAAAACCCCUAAUUCGCAUAUACUUCAUCACACUCUCACACACACAAAUAAAUCUAGGGUUUUCAUUUUUCAGCUUUUACUCGCAUCGAACCCCUAAAACCCUAAACAGAGAGCUUCCAAUCAGAGCACCUUAGUUUCCACCUCACAGAGGUCUAAUGGCUGCCAGUAAUGCUGCUCCGUCGGGUUUGGAGAAAGAACAAAUCUUUGGAAUGGCGGAGAAGGAGAUGGAGUACAGGGUCGAGUUGUUCAACAAGCUUACGCACACAUGUUUUAAUAAGUGCGUCGAGAAAAGGUACAAGGAGUCUGAACUAAAUAUGGGAGAAAAUAGUUGCAUUGAUCGUUGUGUUUCAAAAUAUUGGCAUGUGACUAAUCUUGUUGGCCAGCUGCUUGGUUCGGGUAGGCCUCCAAUGUGAAACUAAGAAGGUGGAGACUGGAAUUAUUACUUUCUUUUGUCAUUUUGUUUGUACUUUAUGAGGUGAUACCAUUUUGUCGUUUGAAAGGGGAAAAAAAUAGUGGCAUUUUGAAGUUAUGCUACCCCUAGUUUCUAGUCUGAAAAAGUGUUUGCUGUUCAUUGAUGAGAAAUUAUUCUUCACCAGUUUAAAUUUGGUUCCUCGACAUUAUUAAUUUGUAUGAGUGCCAAAUUUACAAAUAAAUGGAUAUGGGUUGACAUGAAUA